UGCUAGCCAGUCGUUGUUUGGAUGUGACACUGAACGCAACGUAUCUGUUGUUCAUUGCCGUGUGAGGGCUUAGUUUCGAGCGAAUCGUGUUGUUCUACGUUUGUGAUUUUUUGUGUUUGCGCUUAAUUGGCGGUUCCCAAACAGAGGAGCAAGUGUGACUCUCAGCGCGUGUGACUGUAUGUGUGUGUGUGUGUGCAAACGUUCGUAUCUGUGUGCGCUGUUGUGUUCUGUAUGUGAAAAACAAAAAAAAAAAAAAAAAAAAACAUUUAAUAGCACACAAAACCGGGAGCCCACAACUGUUUUUUAGCAUUCCAAAGCACUUGCGCAGCAUCUUGAGAUAUUUUGUGUCUUUACAAGAAGAGAAGAGAAAAAACAUCAAAUUUUCAUUCUUCCCAUUAAUCAACGGGAACGGAAGGAGAAGGUGGAAAGACCAGUUCUUAAUCUGUUUGUGCUUCUUUCGAAUCUACUCCGCGCAGCAGUUGCAUGCUGGAACGGCAACCGGGGAUACCACCGCAGCGAUUGAUGAUAGUCCACAUUCAUAGUUGAUGCAAACGCAAUCGGCUCGCUAUUGAUGCUGUCUAGUGGCUGACUUGGAGUGUCUAUUGCAAGCCAUUGUCGGCCGUAGUCGGUGUAGUUCUCUCGUUUUUCAAGGCAAAUCCAGUGCAUUGACUCCAAGAAAAUUGUUAAAUUCAGGUUCUGCAGCCAGAGAGAGGUAGAGUUGUUGGUUGCUGGUCGCAGCUGCCGUUGCAACCUGGUUGCAUUGUAGUACAGGUCGUCUAUUGCUCGCGCUUGAUUUCGUUCGUGUUUGCAAAACUUUUCACGCACACACACGUAGAGUGCCAAAAAGCAAACCCGUAGAAAAUAGUGCAGAAAAUUCUUGGCCGCUGCCUAAAAAACUAUUUAUUAUUGUUGUUGUUGUGUCGAUGAAAGCAAAUGCCUUGUCCACACCAACUGGAUUCGAAGCAAAGUGGAAUUUAGGCUAUAAUGCAAUUUUGGCCAGUGUGAAUUUUUUCGAAUUAUCUUCUGUACGUGAAACCCAGAUUGAAGAAGCAUGAGUGGUGACUUGAGCAACAAAGACUCGAACGGAUCGCGCAAUGCAAAGCCUAAUAAGCCAUUCUGUUCGCUGGCUUACUUGGCGAAGAGCACGAUUGCCGUUCAUGGCACAAAUGACAUCAUUGGACGCAGCACUGCAAAUGGACAUUCACAUAAGAACAGCGCCAAUGGUGGCGAUCGCAGACAGAGCCAGUCGGCGUCCAGCACCAGCACACCCAAUGUGGCGGUUACAGCGAAAGUGAACGAUCGCGCUUCUCCUUCGCUGCCCACCGGCACCAACACCGACCACCAGCAACCUCACAAUGCAAAUUUACAGUCCCCAACCUGCCCAAACAAUGUCAGCCAGGAUGAUGGUGUUGCGGAUGUCUUUGGAGUCAUUAACGAGGAAGACCGGACGCCAAUUAGUUGCGAUCAAGACGAUAAUGUGUUACGUCGACCUUGGGAGCUACCGAAUGGCCAGGCCAGUGUUCAUCAUGCGCCGUCCAUCCAGCCAAACGUCAGCCACCAUUACUUUGGCAGCGCUUGCUUGCCGUCACUUUCCAAAUUCAGCAGCAUAGAUUGUUGGGAUUACACGAUCGAGCUGGAAUGUCUGAAAGGUCCACAAGAUCUGCAACUAGCAGCUGAAUUGGGCAAAACACUCCUAGAGCGCAAUAAAGAACUGGAGACACUUCUGAAGGAGCACAAGCAUACCAUAGAGGAACAAGAGCAGGAAAUUGUGUAUUUGAAGAAACAUACGACAGCGUUGCGUGAAGUGAAUGAUUCCCGCCUCAAGGUCUACGAACAAUUGGAAGUCGGCAUACAGGAUUUGGAGCGUGCCAAUCAUCGUUUGCUCGUUGAGAAUACAGCCGAUAAGAAGCAUAUCAAAACGCUUUCACAUACGAUUGAGACUCUCGAGGCACGUUCCGAGGAACUGACGAAACAAUUGGAUGAUGUCCGUCAAGCGCUGACCGCAGAGAAACGUAAAAAUGAACGCCUUUUGGCGGAGAUGAGUAAAAUUGGCGGCGAUGCCAAUACGGUCAAGUUGAAGCCAACUCUGAACAGGGAUGCCGCGGAAAAUGAAACAAAAUCGCCUCAGCCGGGCUAUGACGCCAACACUACAGCGCCAGAAAAUUGUAGUUUUACAUUCCAAUCGCCUGCUGCCCGAAACUCGACGGGCAUCAGUGGCACUGAUGCAGAUAGCUCCUUCGAUCUGAGCAUGGUUGGUGGCCAAGAGGGCAAUGAUGAAAUUAUUAAGCUGGUUAGUGACUUUGAGGCGACCAAGAAAGCCUACCUGGCUGAACAGCAACGUUGUGGUGAAUUGGAGGAACAAUUAGUAGCCAUAAUUCAAGAAAAUCAAAAUCUCCAAACUCGUAUUGCUCAAACCAGUGCCACGGAGGAAAUGAAGUCAAUGCAUGACGAACUUUCCAUUUUAGAUGAAGUGCGGCAAGGACAAAUGUGCAGCCGCUGUCUUCGCUCGAUGGAUGACCGCGCCGUUGAUGAGCAGUCGUCACUGGCUCCCACAGAAGAAUGCGAGGAAGAUGAAGAGAAUAGCCUCCUGGACAUGGAGGGCAGCCGUGCUGGCGACAAUGCCAGCGAGCACUCACAGGCGGCCUACCGUUCCAGCAUGUCGAUCAAGGUUAUGCCUCAUCAUCCCGACUCUUUGGAUUUGCAUAUUCCCGGCAGUCCGAAUCCUUAUCGCGACUUGGUGGAGAAGUACGAGGCGCUGCUGGAGGUACAGCGAUCGUCGAUUGCACGUAAGAACACCAAUGGUGGCAUGUCUUUGGCCGAGGAGUUCCAGUCGUCCGGCGAGUUCAAUCAAACGCAGAAAUUGAUGUUGCAGGCAGCUCAAGCUGUGGCGUCGGACCACUGCAACACAUCGAACAACGGCGAUGCGGCCAGUAGCUGCAACGGAAGCAUGACAAACGAUGGCAAAAGCAAUACCAAAGCUGAUAAGAACCGCGGCCGGACUCCAACCGAAUUCUCUGAGGCCGAGACCUCCUCGUCGGGCUAUUCAGAUGAGACCAGCAACAAGGCCACGCAGACCGACGAAAGACCCGGCUACUUCCUGUGCUCCAUUGGUGAUGGCGAAGACUGCAAAUUCAGCAUCUAUGACGAUGCCAGUCCAAUUGAUUCUCGAUUCCGUAAUCGGCCAGAGUAUCGCGAAUUGUUUAAGGAAAUAUUCGCCGUGUUGAAGAAGGCGGCCGAGAACAAGGAGGAAGGUGAAAAACUGCCAUUGCUGGAUGAUACACACCCCGUGGGUGGAAACACAGCUCAAAAGGUCCCACCCGUGACUCCUGCCAACGAAGAACUUCCCGUGGACUUUGGAGAUGACAGCCAAAGCAUAAUUUCAUCGGCGGUAUCGGAACAGUCGUUUGCCAUGUCCGAAUGCAUCACCAAGUUGGAGCGUAAAACAGCCAAAAAGCACAUAAUCGAAAAGAAUCAGGAGAACAAGCCCCCACUAGCUGCAUCAAUUUCCCAACUGACUUCGCCAAAUGCCAAACAAAUCAUCGAAAACGGUCGCAUCCUGACACCACUUAAACGGGAGCCAUUGGAUUACCUCGCCGUGGGUGUUGGCAUCAAGAAGAAGAAUCGCAGAAAGAACCGCAACUUCUCGAGCGACCGCUCCGAAUCUCCCCUGGCCCUUCCCACACCACCUCGCAUCUUUGUAGCCAGCGGCAAGAAACGCAAGGAUGUCCGGCCCUACGUAGAAUCUCCCAUGGCGUCGAACACGAAUCUAAAUCAAACUCCACCCAGCAGCUCAAGGGGAUCGCGCAGUGCUCCCAAAUAUGAAUGGAAUGGCAACUCGAUGAUAAUCUACAAUCGAAGUCUUAGUGGCAGAGGAGGUCGUGAUGCCGAUGUAACCAGCAUUCCGUACCGACCAAGCACGGUUUCCCAAGAUUUGCACAAGCUCAAGAAACUGGAUUUGUCAUAUGCGGAGGUUUUGAGACGUGCCGAUGCCUGCAAGUCCCACAACCAGCAGCAGCAUUAUCAUCACCAGCAACAGUCACAGUCACAACGACGACGAAACCAUCGUCACUAAACCAAACAGAGUAAACGAGACAGCAACAGCAAUGCAAGAAUCCCCCCUUAAGUCUACAACCAUCCCCCACCCCAACCCAGUGUUAUCUACUGAAAAGUGAAAGUAUUAAGUAGGUGUCCCCGUUCACUCUUGCUCCGGCCCGAAAUGAUUGCAUCCGGAGCUUCCAUUCGAGGGUGCCCAUGCAUACCCCAUUUCUGUUGCUGGCGCCCAACUCAUCAUCUGCCAUUUAUUGUGAACCUAUCCCAAAUUAGGCUUACAAGGAUCAACUCAUUUGAUUUAAAUUUAGUUUUUAAUUUGUUUCCGAAACAAGAAUGUCCUUUGCGUUUUUUAAAAACCCCUCACCCCUUUUAGCCUUCUCCGACCAUCCUCUUUGUUUUAUUCUCCUUUUAUUAUUAUUAUUUUAAACUAAGUCUAGAUUAUUGCUUUUAAGUCGUACAUGCGCAUGUCCUUUCCCUGUAUCCUUUCUGAAAUUCUGAAAUAAUUAUGAAAAGCCGGCGAUGCGUGAAGAGGCAUUGAGAACUUGUGGGCUCAGCGCACAACCCCCUACUCCGCAUUAUUAACAUAAAAGAUUUAUUUUAAAUUAUAUUUUAUUUGUAUUUUGUAAAUAUUAAAAACAACCAAUCAAAGAAAAAGGAGAAAAAAAUUAACAUUGAAUCGACGUGGAUAGUUAAAACACCACUCUCAUUCCUGCAGCUCUUCUGUCCUUCCUCUCCAUCCACGGAUUCAAUGAGUGAACUCGGUUCGAUUCGAUUCAACAAAUUUAGCCAUAGUUAAAGAAAAUAGUCGACAAAUAAAUUCAACUAAAACUUAAGAAAAUGAUUUCCUACGGAACUUUUGAAUUGACGUUAAUUUAUUUUCUCUCCGAAUGAGACACCCUGAAAACGGCGGACAACUUACUCUCCCCAAGUUGUGACUGGGGCAGAGGCUACUACGAAAAUGCGCAUAAUGAAAAUUAUGGACAGUUUAUAUUCCAAAUAAAAAUAAAACCAUAAGACAUGAACAAAUAUGAAUUAAUUAGAUAAUAUAAAA